AUGGACGCACUCCGCGAGCGCUUAGUGUAUGGUUCUGGAUAUCUCCAAGGGCGUCUGUUUGCGCUUCCGCGAAGUCUCUCCGAUCUGUACGUAGGAGAUAACCCUUCGAAGCAGGAUGUGGCAGCUAAGGGUUAAUCUAUCAUCCCAGAUAUGGCUUCGUAGCUGCGAAAGGUACCAGGCUUGUCACGCUACCUCUACCCUUGCUGUCCUUCCUCGCCAUCCCGCUCUACGGAGGAUCAUCGACAACUGUCACCCUGCUCUCGUUCUACUUCGCCUGGACUGCUCUAGUCUUCUCCCACGAUCCCCUGACAUUGGAGCUCUAUGGCAUUGUCCUCGCGCGCUUGUUUUGUUUCCUCCUCCCGGCGCUCGGUCUCCUGGCCUUCGACUGUGCCGCGCCUAAUCUGAGCAAAGUGGUCAAGUCGCGCGGGGAACGACAGUUACCUGGACGCGUCGGAACCAAGAAGCUCGCCAACGUGGUGGGCACUGCCGUGCUCAAUGUUCUAUUGGCUGCGGCUCUUCAGCUGGCGCUUGAGCAAUUCGUCACCAAACUUCUGCAUCUGAAAAGUCUCUUGAAGGUGACGACGGCUGUCCCUGCUCCGCUGAACAUACUCAAGCAGGUCCUGGCGGGAUUGGUCCUUCGCGGCAUGUGCCAUUAUGCCAUCCACCGAUAUCUCCUGCACACCUGGAAUUCGGCUUUGAAAACUUGGCACCUCAGCUGGCAACACAGCAUUCCUUUACCCUUCAGCGUUGUUGCAGCCUACGACCAUCCCGUGAACUACUUGCUGGCUUCAUGGCUGCCGACCGUACUCCCAGCCUAUCUAUUCCGAUGGCAUGUGUUGACGUUCACCAUACUGCAAGUCCUGUGCAGUCUCGAAGAGCUGUUUGUGUUCUCAGGCUAUUCGGUACUACCAUCUGCCAUUAUACUUGCGGGGAUGGCUCGCCGGGUCGACGCACAUUUCAACUCUGUGGAAGAUGGCAAGUCACCCGGAAACUUUGGCCCUCUUGGCGUCCUUGAUUUCUUGCUUGGAACUUCAUGCCGGGAAGAGACCACUGUGGUAGAUGACAUCCAGGACGAAGUAGAGCAACGGAAUUUCCAGGAGCGAGUCGAAGAAGCUGUGCGUGCCGUGAUGGACAACAUGAAGGAUGAAAAUGCUGGACGCAACGACGAGAGUGGAAAGAAGACGGAGAAAAGACGCAGAGAAUUUCAGGGACAUCAUGAGAAGGCGGUUGAAAAGUCUUCCGAGGACGAUGAGAAGAGUGAAAGAGGUCUUGAAGAUCAUGAGCAAGACGAAGAGCCAGCUACCACUGCUGCUCUGCGGCGGAGUGGCAGAAGCGGCACGAGGAGAGGCCGUGGCUGA